ACGCACGCGCACAUACGCACACAAAUGCAAGAAGCCAGUUAUAAUUAUAUACAUAUAAGUGCAGCCAGUAGUGACAAGUUUGUCGUUAUACAAUUAAGAAGGUUUUACGUAUGGUUAGGUUUUGCGUAUGUUACGUGCUGUCUUAAAAAUAAAUAUAUAUAUACAUAUUAUUGUAUUGAACGUUAUAACCGUGUUGACCUUCACCUUGCAGGUAUCGCAACUGGCAGCGUGUACAAUGACGUCAUACUGAAGCAGCACGGCUUCCCCGGGGAGGGGGUGAGAGACGGCAGAGUGGUGAUGGUGAAGACCCACGAGUGGGGGAGCGAACAUCGCCACGCGUUCUCUCGUGCGGUACUCCUCAUUCGUGACCCCUUCGACUCCCUCAUGGCGGAGUUCAACCGGCGUAAUGGAGGUCACAGGGGUCAUGCGCUUCCACAUGAUUUUACCAAAGGCUGGCAAACAUACGUCUCUCUUCAAGCACGUGGCUGGGUGGACAUGAACACCGACUGGCUGAAAUUCGACGGAUCUCUCCUCAUUAUGCAAUACCGAGACCUCCAAACUAACAUGCUCAACGAAACCAGAAGGCUGUUCAACUUCCUGGGCAUGCGCGUCACUGACCCGGAGCUCGUGUGUAUGAUAGCCAACGCGCACGGCAACUUCAAGCGACCCAAGGUUCAAGUGUCUCCACAAGUACCCUACACGUCUUUCAUGCGAUCGACAAUUAGGAAUUAUAUACAGAAUGUAACUGACGAAAUACAAAACUAUUAUAAACUACGAAAAAGUUAAUUUAUCAUGUCAAUAAAAAAUAUUUUGUAUUUUUUUA